AUGGGUUGCUGCGAAAGCAAAAACGUAGAUUCCAAAGCCGCCAGGGCUGCUCGUUGGCGAUCCACCGGUAUUGUUGCCUUGCGCGACGCUAAAUUGAAGAACUUCCCGGAUGAUGUUAUUGACCUUGAAAAAGCUGUGCGUACCCUUGAUUUGACACACAACAAAAUAGUUGAUAUCCCUAUGGAAAUUAGCAAGCUGAUCCAUAUGCAGCGAUUGAUCUUGGCAGAAAACUCAAUUGAGAGGCUACCAGUGAAUUUGGGGAAACUCCAGUCUCUAAAGGUUAUGACACUUGAUGGAAACCGGCUUUCUUUCUUGCCUGAUGAAUUGGGCCAGUUGGUGAGGCUUGAGCGCUUAUCGAUUUCAGGAAAUCUGUUAACGUGCUUGCCGGAGACCAUUGGAAGCUUGCGCAAUUUGUCCCUUUUGAAUGUUUCCGGUAACAAGCUAAAGACUCUCCCAGAAUCGAUUGGGAGUUGCUUUUCUCUGGAGGAACUAGAAGCAAAUGACAAUCUAAUUCAGGAUCUUCCUGUCUCUAUUUGCAAUCUCGUGCAUUUGAAGUCACUCUCCUUGAAUAAGAAUAAUGUUAAUCAGAUUCCUUCAAAUCUUUUGAGAGACUGCAAGUCUCUUCAGAAUUUAUCCCUGCAUGAGAAUCCUAUUUCGAUGGAUCAAUUCCAGCAGAUGCAAGGGUUUCAAGAAUUCGAAGCACGAAGGAAGAAGAAGUUUGAUAAGCAAAUCGAGUCUAAUGUGAUGAUCAGUUCGAAGGGUCUUGAUGAGGGUGUAGACAUGUGA